CAUGAACAUGAGUUUAAGAACAUAAUCACCCUUGAAUCCAGUAAGAGCAUACCCAGCCCAUCAGCUCCCCACGUUUAUGGCUUUCAGAAUCUGAGGAAUUUCAUCUCCUCUGCAAGAAAGGAAAGUCGAUACGCAGUCUCGAUCUAGCAAUUAGGGUUACAACGCGAAGCACCUCUCUUCUGGGCUGGACGCAGCCUCCUUUCUCAGAACCCAACACGCAUCAAACAGAAAAAGCCCAUCACGGUAAGCUUUAAUGAAACGCAGCGCUUCAGACACGUGUCGUGUGUAGAAAGAACGACUUAUCUAGCUGGCGGGUGACGUGGAGGCACCAGGAUUGAGAGAACUGUACUUUAUAUAUAAAGAUAUGUUUACAGAAAGAUGAGCUAAGCCAUGUGAGCCAGAUGGAUGACGGAGGGCCCAAGAGCCCACAACUUUUGGGGUUUUUUUAGUGAUAGAGAUAUAUACCGCAUCUUACUGUUAGUUUAAGCAUUGAAGUCUUAUUCUUUAUCUUAAACUUACAUGCUUUAAGUUUACUACUAUAAAUAAAAACUUCUACUCCUUGACUAUCAAGUCACUUGCUUCAAAUAUCUUUUACGUCAUCAAAUUGAUAAGUUGCAUUGAUCAUAAAGAAGAAGAUGGGUUUAAUGCGGUCGAUACUUCCAAAUGCAAAUCAAAUCUUCAAAUUACAGUCUAUGAGGAACAGAAAAGGAUCACCAUCAUCAACAACAACUUCAGGGCUUGUUCCUAAAGGUCAUGUAGCGGUUUACGUUGGGGAAGGAUUGGAGAAGAAGAGGUUUGUGGUUCCAAUAUCAUACUUGAACAAUCCUUUGUUCAGAGAGUCUUAAUCAUUAAAAAAAAAAAAGUUUCUUAAUCAUGCAGAGGAAGAGUUCGGAUUUCAUCACCCAAUGGGCGGUUUAACGAUUCCUUGUCGAGAAGAAGCGUUUCUUCAACUCAUUACUUCUCAUCAGCUGCAUUGAGGAUUGAGGGACACAAUAAUUAAUAUUUAACUAGAUCUCGAUUCGCGCAACAGUGCGGAUUUUUGUUUUUAUCUAUUUUUAUAUAAAUAUUUUGUUUUCAAUUCUAAAUAGGUAUAUAUUAUAAUGUAUAUGUGUCUAUCAAUUUUUAAAACAUAAUAAGUUUACUAGUAUAUUUUUCAUUGAAUAGAUUGUUUCAAACUUUCACAUGUAUUUGUAUCUUCUUCUAUAU